AUGUCGUUGGCGCCUGAAAAUCAACGCAAAGAUUGCAAAAUCAAUGAAAGCUACUGUUACGACUUGGUAAUGACUGCGACUCCAAAACUUGAGAAUGCCGCGUUACCACACAGUUGCCACAACAUCGACAGAGUCUUUUGUGCGACCCGGCGGCGAAGUCAAUCAAUUUUGAGGCGAGAACCAAAUACUAAGGAUGAGGGAAUACAACGGAGCAUCAUACUCGAGUCAGCUGUCAGCCCAUCAAACGUUAAUCCGAGCAAGUACUGGAAAGCCGAACUCAUCUGGGUAACGCUCGUCGAAGGCAUACUUGGCAAGGCCGUAAUGGACUCGAUCGCAGGGGACCCAGCUCUACGGAGACAAGGAAUAACAAAUACGAUCGAGGGGUCGACUACUUCGAUGACGGUCAUUCUCGGCCAAUGCCCGCCAUCUAGAACCAAACAUCGGUCUAAGACGCAAGCCAUGCGGACAUGUCGCCAUGAAUUCAGAGACAAGGCCAGUGCCGUUUUCGCAUAUGGAAGGUUUAAUCGCAUCCUCUUUUGGGUCUUCUCCAGAGCCACUGACUCCAACUCCACGGCGACAUGGCUCAGGAAAACGCCAUACUCCAAGUAUCGGUCAAAAUUAGCGGCAACUAUAAUAACAACAGAAACUCGCAUCACGAUUCGCAUAGCAGGCGUAUGGCCAAAGUUUACAAAGCUAAGUUUUCAGUUCACUCCAAUUAGCCAUGACUUGAAGAGAGCGUCCAUCGUCAACUUCCGUGACGGCAAUGGUGCUCGACCAAGCGACAAGACACCGGCCAAGAAGGCGUGCUCUACAGCUUUCCAUCCCAGUGAUUCAGUAUACAAAACACCUGAGACGGAAGCCAAGAAUGCCACAGACUUCAAACCCCAAAAGCUAAACGCCACAAAAUUCCCACGAUCAAUGGGUAUUUCCCACCAGACUCAACUCGCGAUGAAGAACACUUUCAACACCCUACCGGCUCAACUCUACCAGACCCAGAAUUUCGAUUUGACGCUGCCAAAAGGUCGGCAAUCGUGUCACUCUAUGGGGCUUGGCGCUGGCACGUUGUAUCAGGGGAGUGAGGACUUUGCGAAGCAACAAUACGUAGCUGUUCAAAUGUCUUCAUUCUUAUUCUGUUCGAUGCGGGGGAUGUCCUACAUUUACAUUGAGCCGUAUCUCAAUGCUCAUGAGGGUCUCUCUAUUUGA